AUGUCCCUCCUGCUAUCCUUCGUAGGUUCCUGUGAGAGCAUAGGUCAGAAUGGGCUGACAACAACAUUGAUGCUUAUUCUGCUGCAGCUGUUAAAGUGGGUCCCUGUAGUUUAGCAGGUUCUCGGGUUGGUAGUUUUGGUGGGCAAGUUAUACUGCCCCUGGCACACACUAUUGAACAUGACGAGUUCUUGGAAGUCAUUAAGUUGGAAGGUGUUGGUCAUUCUCCUGAAGAUGCAAUGAUGCCAAGAGAAAUGUUCCUUUUGCAACUCUGCAGUGGAAUGGACGAGAAUGCUGUUGGCUCUUGUGCUGAACUUAUUUUUGCUCCAAUUGAUGCAUCUUUUGCUGAUGAUGCACCUCUUCUGCCUUCUGGGUUCCAAAUAAUUCCUUUGGAUUAUGGGAAGGAAGCCUCCAGUCCAAAUCGCACCCUAGACCUGGCUUCUGCUCUUGAAAUUAGGCCAAAUGGUACCAAUGCUUCAAGUGAUUAUUCUGCAAACAAUGGUUGCGUGAGAUCUGUGAUGACGAUAGCUUUUGAAUUUGCAUUUGAAAGCCACAUGCAAGAACAUGUAAUACAUGAAGUGAAGAAACUUUGUAAUACAUGUUGUCGAUAUGCCAAGUCUGAGAGGGUCCUAUUUCAUUAUAAUGGCCAUGGUGUGCCUAAGCCGACUUCUAGUGGUGAAAUUAUAACUUUUACUGUUUAUUUUGACAAUUUUAUUUUAGAAUUUAGUACAUGAUAUCAACUUGUUGUUGCCUAAGCAUUUAGCUUCACUGUUUAGUGAAUCUCAGAGUCUUUCUGCUAUAGACUUCUUUCCCUCCAAUUGUAUAUUUAUUAAUAACAUGUAAUCGCUCUUAGCCACGUGUUUAGUAGGUUGGUGUUUUAUGAAUGUUGUCUCACUUUUAGCAAAUUUACUCUAGUCUUGUUACAGACUUGUUGCAAUUCAGCCUUAAUUUUAUAAACUGGUUUCAUAAAGUAACUGAUG